UGGUGACCCUCUCUCACAAAAAGAUUACAAAAAGACAAUGUUUUUUAUAGACGAGAGAAGACUAAUAACUAGUAAUUUGUUCAAGGCUAUACUGCAUGCAUCUUACACAACAUGUUUUUGUAAUCUCCAAAAUGGCGGACGUUGUCGACGUUGGCUGUUCGUUCACCACAAUCGGUAAUACUGGAAAUGAAAAUUGUGAUAUGCCCCCUCCUUGUCUCCCAUCAGCAACUGUAGAAAUAACUAAGUUAAUGAGUGAAGGAUGUAAAGAAAAAUCUCUAUUGAGCGAAAAGAAGGAGACGAUGGCAGAAGGUGACCACACGGCAGAAAAUAUGGACAACGUUGGGGCUGAAAGUUGUGAUAUGCCCGCACCUUGUUUACCAUCAAAACCCCCUGAGAAGACAGAAAUUGCGAAUGAAGGAUCAAAAGAAAAGGCUUCACCUAAAAAAAAGAAAGAAACUGUACCGGAAUUGCCAUACAAAGAACCUUCAUGGAGUGGUAUACCGGAGGAACUGUACAGCUUGGAGGUGUUGAAGAAUGGAUGUAUUGUAUCAACUAUCGACCUUACUAGUAAACCGUUUCACGUGUUUGGAAGGCUUCCAAACUGUGACGUUAGUUUAGAGCAUCCCUCUGUCUCCAGAUACCACGCAGUUAUUCAGUACAAGACGAGCGACACUUCAAACAGUGAGAAGGGAUUCUACAUUUACGACCUCGGAAGUACACAUGGAACAAUUGUAAACAAGUCCCCACUUGAGCCCAGGCGUUACUACCGAUUGCGUGUUGGGUAUGUCUUCAAGUUUGGGGGAAGUUCAAGGUUAUUUAUCCUUCAGGGUCCUGAAGAAAGUGAAGAAUCUGAAUCAAAGCCUUUGACAGAACAAGCAGUAACCAAGAGUAGUGAAGUGGGCCGUGUGAUGACAGAAGAAGAAUAUGAAGAAUGGAAGAAAGAAAAGGAAGGAGGAAGACAAAGUGAGGAGGACACAGGCAUAGACUGGGGGAUAGGAGAGGAUGCCGUUGAAGAACCUGCGUAUCCACCUGACUUUGGAGAGGUUGACAAGGAAGCAGAAGAACAUCACUUUAAAGAUCCUAAAAAGACUCUGAGGGGAUUCUUUGAAAGAGAAGGGCUGGAGCUGGAGUACGAUGUUGAGGAGAAAGGGCCAGGACAUGCAAAAGUAUUUCUCUGCAGAGUGAAACUGCCUAUUGAUGGUCCUGGUGGUGAUCCUAUUUAUGCCGAGGCUGCUGUCACAGGAAAGAAGAAGGAGGCAGUACUGGAGUGUGCUAAGGAAGCAUGUAGACUGCUGGAUGCUGCUGGCCUCCUUAGACAAUCUUCCCAUGAGAGCAAGAAGCACAAAGAGAAAAAUUGGGAAGAAAAUGAUUUCUAUGAUAGUGACGAAGAUUCAUUCUUGGACAGAACCGGAUCAGUUGAGAAGAAAAGGAUACAGAGGAUGAAGCGGGCUGGUAAAGAUCAACCAUCUACAGAAACUUAUGAAUCUUUGACAUUAAAACUUCAGACGUUGGAUGAUGAAAUCAAGAGUUUUGAAAACAAAUUGCAGCAAGAUGCGACUGAUAAGAAUGGCUCAAAUGCUGGAGGUGCUGACUCAUUAGAUGAUUACAUGAGCUCACUUGGAACUUCAAUGGACAAGACAACAAGGAGUCAGAUCAGAAGAAAAGUAUUUGAACUGAAAAAGGAAAGACAGAGGCUUGUCAAACUUGUAAAUAUUGCCAAGCCAGCUAGUCUUCCUGCAGUUGCAGAGGCACCUUCAACUGGGUUGCUUACUAUGAACAAUGAGGCAGCCAAAAGCACUGAGUCUGAAAGUAAAUCAAGUGAUUCUACUCCAAAUACAACAGUUGACAAAAAUACCGACUCUAGGCAUGAAUCAUCAGUCUUAUUUGAACAAGUAAGACUUAAGGAAAGCUCUGCUGAAGAACAUUCGGUCUCUAAGGAAGACAACAACAGCCAUUCCUCAAAUUCUGCAGAAAAGAAACAAGAAUUUGCUGUUCCUAUCACACCAUCUUCACAGAAAAGAAAAAAUAGAAAGCCACAAAAGGUUGUUGUGAAAACAGCGGACAGAAAUGAGACUGUAAACAUAGGAGAAAAAGAAACUUGUAACAUGCCACCGGAAGAUAGUGAAGGUCUACAAGGGAGAAAGAGAAAUGUAUCAGAGGGAGAUACAGAUUCACAACAAGAACAAAACAUAGAAGCUCAAGACAAUAAUGAGAAAGUUCCAAAGAAGAAGAAAAAGCGAUCUUACAAUGUUCCCACUCAGUGGCAGGCUGAGAAUGAUCCUACAUAUGCAGCAUGGCUGCCACCUGAAGGUCAGACAGGUGAUGGACGGACACAUUUGAAUGAAAAGUUUGGCUACUGAGAGCAUCGUUCUUCACAGAAAAGUAAUUAAUCACGGUCAUCUGUGACCUGAGACCGCUGUGACAGUGUGUGUAUCAACUAUUCCUGAAAAUAGUCUUUUUCCAACUAGAGGUUGUAUCCAAAGAAAGAUGGUGAUCAGAUUUGACAAGACUUCUUGCACAGAGAAAAAUUUAAACACAGUAAUGGUCACUGUACAGAAACAAAUAUGAUCACAGUACAAACAAACAAAAAAGAGUUUGAAGAGUGAAAAUAUGUGAUGAGUACAUUGUCAUUUAACAUGAAUAUCAGGUCAAAAUGAUUUCAAACUAGUCCGAGUUGUCUUUUUCAUUGUGUUAAGUAUUACUGCAAUAAAUUCAGAACAUAACAGGAUACAUAUCAAACCAGCUUAAAAAUAUCCUGACCUGAAAUUGAUUUUUAACUACAGCAGAGUCUACAUGUUAGGGAUAACCAUUGCAAGAUGCUAAACUAUCUCAUCAAGUUCACUGUUUCAGAGAUUGCAUGAUGUCAUACUGAAAAUAGUAAUUUUUAAUGGACAUUGUUGCAGUUCUCUCUUAUCCUUAAUGCUUGCCACUUUAGAAAAUGUCUGACGUAAGUCUCAUCUUGCAUUCACGUGUGUGACUGUCACUGGAGUCAAAACAAAAGAUGAGGAGUAAUAAUGUCCCCAGUAACAGUCCAUUAAGCGACUGCAAGAAAGUGGCAAAUUUUAUUUUAUGACAGUAGUGCAUAUUGAAUAAAUAAAAGGGAUAUCCUGCUGA